GUUGAAAUUUGAAAGGGCUCCAAAUUGGAACGAUAUUUGCAGACCAGAAGGGAUUUUGUCGUCCUCCGAAUCCUUCUCUACGCUUGAUGAACGGAAACAAAGCGCAGCAAAGCCUCCCUGGUUUUCUCUCGACCGUUGAUUCGGCGAUCCAACGGUUGAACCGCCCCCCAAAUCGAAGGCCCGCCUUGCGUUCGUUGUCCAGUCUCUCCUGUCUCCACCCGCACGACCGAAAGCCGCGCACCCGCCGCCAGCCUCCGGCGACCGCCGACGCGCCGUAUCCUGCGCGCCGGGAGCUUCCCACCGACCGCCGCGCUUGCAACCGGAGCUGAUCCCAUUGCCAGUUAUCAUGGAGCAGCUUAUGCCCAACAGUUCUCAUGGUGGCCCACAUGUUCAGAUCAACUGCUAACCUUACAUCUUACGGAAACCAGGAAGCUGAUUCGCUAAACAACCAUUGACCAUACAUCUACGGAUCCAUGAAGAACCUGAACGUAGGAAGCCUUCAUGGAGAUGCCUCCCAAUGGAGAUGAAUACAGAUAUAUUCUUCAGCAGCCCAACUGCUCUAACUGUGCCGAAUUUCUAUCCUAUAUAUGUGCCUGUUCCACUAAGUCUUUGCCCAUGAAAUGCUGUAAAUAGGAAAGGAGCAUCCACAAUAAAAAUAUGAACUCUAAAGCCCACUCCCGUGAUUGCAAAGGAGGUAUUUAAGGAAGGCAAUGAUGUUAAUGUGUCCAAGCUCUGUAUUGCAGUGAUCAGGCCUGACCAAAGGAAUGGAGACUAGUCCAAUCAUGCUGUGUGAACAACCAUGGAAUAGGCAUAUUGCCAGCUCAAGUGUGUUACUUCCAUUAGCCAAGUAUGGAGUACCUGAACUUCCGUCGCCAGAUUAUCUGCAUGAAGAAAAGUCUCUUUGAUCAGGGUUACCUUGAUGAACAAUUCAAUCAGCUGGAAGAACUGCAGGAUGAAUCGAGCCCCAAUUUUGUGGAAGAAGUUGUGGUUUUGUUCUUCAAAGAUUCAUCAAGAUUGUUGACAAACAUAGAGCAAACACUUGAGAAGUACCCUCAGGAUUUCUACCAGUUGGAUUCUCUGGUGCACCAGCUCAAAGGCAGUGGAUUAAGCAUAGGUGCAUUGAGGAUGAAGAAUGAGUGCUCAGUGUUUAAAGUAUACUGCAAUGACAGGAAUCUGGAAGGAUGCCGCAGGUCAUUCCAGAAGAUGAAGAGGGAGCACGCCACUCUGAAGCAGAAGCUGGAGACAUAUUUUCAGUUACUGAGGCAAGUCGGUCCUUGCAAACAAGCGGUGAACUCAAGGAAGUGAUAAGAAGAAUAGUAUGGAAUGCAGUUCCAAGGGAAAUAUAAGGGGGUCUCGACUAUCUUUCCUUCCUUGGAUGAGUCUUAUGAUCCUGAAGUUUUGCUGAGUUACUGGUGCCCUUUUGCUGUUCAUGGGUGAUGUAUCUGUAGUUUCUGUACUCUGUGAAGUUAUGUACACUUUGCACGUUCCUUCCUUGGUUGAUUAUGGUAGUAGUAUGUUUGAUGCGCUGUACUAAAAAUGUGAUGAUACUGUAUAUAGUGGUUUUGUCA